AUGCCGGACGCUUCAGAACCCGCUGAUCCAUCCGUCUUGGAUGCGGCAGUCGUGCUCGACAAGGUUGUCAGCUUCUGGGCCACGGGUCUGGAUGCCGCGAGAGCCGGCUCCUUUUUCAAGUGCCGCCUGGCACUUUCCCAGGCCUGCCAACCUCGAAUCGCAGAGACAGAACACCCAAACACCGUCUGGGCGCUCCUCGAGAUGGUGAUGGAGUACUUGAGGGCAGGCUGGGAUGAUCUAGUCGCUGUUGUGCUCAGACACGUCGCCAAGGCGGCUCCAUCCCAUCAUCCAUUGGUGGUUUUAUGCCGGCGGAUCCUUCUAGUCGAAGCCGGCGCCCACAUCUGGCAAAUGCUUUUCGACCAGGGGCUGGUGGAUAAGGUCGAGAAGGUGGCGCCAUACAGCACGAACAAGAACCUCAUCACCACCAACGCCAGGGACCUCGAGGACGGCAUCCUUGCGUGGGCCACCUUCGCUGUCGACACCUCUCAGGACCAUGAAGCCCAAUGCGGCGCCGAGCUUGGCGAGGAUGGCGGCAAGAUGUGCAGUGGCGGUGGCAACUUCGGCAUCCCCGGCGGUUCCUUCCCGCCUGUUAGGCCUGGCGGCUUUCACUACUCCGAAGCGGCCAUAGAUUUUGGACGCAACAGGAUGUUUGGAGAGGAUCUGGCCAUGAAUUAG